UCCUGUAUUUCUCCUCAUUGUUAUCUGUAUGUAUAGGUUUGUCAGGAAGGGCUGUUUAUGUUUCCUGCUACAGCAGGUGGCUAAGAGAUAAUCCAGGUAAAGCCACUGCAAAGUGGAGAUGGAGGGAUGGACAGACGAAGGGGAGGGGAGGGGUUGGUGUUGCCUUUGCAUGGAUGACUAGGGCUAAUUCUGGCCUCCUAAUCCCAGUCCUGUCCACCCUCCCCCUCUUCUUGCUCACAAACCUUACAGCGGCAAUUGACGCCCAGGUAGACAUUACUAUCACAUAGACUCAUAGCACUUAACCAACCCAAGUUUACAGAGGCUGCUGGAACCUUCUCUGAAUAGCUAACCUGGGGGACCUGGAUAGCUAACACACCUGUGUGAGCUUCAUUGGAGAAUGUAGCUGCAGCCCUCCAGCCAAGCCACAGGAAACGUGCCAUCAUGGGAGAAGCUCAAAAGGGCUUACUCUCUGUCAUUGAGAAACUGAAGGGAUCCACAGAGCAGGAGGUCAGGAUAGUGCUGCUGGGGUUGGACAACGCUGGAAAGACCACCCUGCUAAAGAGCCUUGCCUCAGAGGAUGUGAACACCAUCACACCAACACAGGGCUUCAACAUCAAGAGCGUCGCCUCUCAUGGUAUGAAACUCAAUGUUUGGGACAUUGGAGGACAGAGGAAGAUCAGGCCCUUCUGGAAAAAGUACCUGGAAAACACAGACCUAUUGAUCUAUGUUAUUGACAGUGCAGACAAGAAGCGGUUUGAGGAGACGGGACUGGAGCUGUCUGAGCUGAUCGAUGAGGAGAAUCUAAAGGGAGUUCCUGUGCUCAUCUUCGCCAACAAGCAGGAUCUAGCCACAGCAUCACCAGCCAGUGAGGUCGCUGAGGGACUCAACCUGCAUACGUACCGUGACCGUGAGUGGCAGAUUCAGGCCUGCUCAGCCGUGUCUGGGGAGGGAGUUCAGGAUGGCAUGAACUGGAUUUGCAACAACAUUGUGAACAAGAAGAAAUGAAACAUCCUCACAAACAAAAGCGAUCAGAGUCAAACAGAUAUCAAGCUUCACAAAGAUGAUUUAAAAAUAUAAAUAACAGGCAGUUGAACAUCAACACAACAUCUUUAAAGUUCCUGCUCCCCUGGAAGAUUUGAGUGAUACUUCUGUUUUUACAAUCCGUGUUAUUUUUAUGGAUAUUUUGCAAAUUCAAAAGAGUUAGCUUCAUUACGUAAAUUAUAGGCACAAUGUAUGUUUUUGGUCCCCCUGUCGCCCAGGGAUCUUUGUCUGGUGAAUUUGUCUGUUUUCUUUAAGUGGGAGAAAACCAAACUGAGUGUGUAGCCAUGUAGACCUGCUGGAGAUUUUAAAAAGCAUAGGCAAAUGUUCAGUGUGAGUGUAAAGUGUAUGUUUUGAGAUUUUUGACAAUAAAAUAGUCAUUUAUGCUGUUUUUCUUCCAUGUU